CUGGUCUGAAAACACCUCCCGUUUAGAAGUGAUAUAUUUACCAUUGGCAAAAUGGGUAGUAGCUCUACAAAAAUCAAGGUAUCCAUCGGGAAUUCUUACAACGAGACCGUGUGGGCCAUUGUAAAGCUGGAACCUGACAGAACCAAUUGUUUUGUUCCAGACGAUAAUCAAGUCGGAUAUUGGUACCAGAGACAAAGAGGCUUCCAGCGUAUAGGCCAAGGGGGAUACGUAACAUUCGACAUGAAUAUACCCAGGUACACAAAUCAGGUUUACGUUUCAGUAGGGACAGACUCUGGUAUGCAGCUCUCUGACGGCUUGCCCAAGGAGUCGGUCUCCUGUAACCUGAUUGUGACAGCAGAGGGGACGGUGACGAAUGCCAGACUAAACGCUAGGUGGGAGGACGAAGAUGGCGUGUGUCAUCGACCAGGGCUAAGGACUGCUUCAGGCCUUCUCACAUCUUUGAACACAGAGGCUAUAAAUUCUCGGAGGCACAUGAGGAAUUUGAACAUCAAUCUGGUUCAAAACCUCAGCAAACAAGACGAGUGCAACCCAUGAUUGCCGAUACACUCCGGAUGGGACCGACUCUUCAGCCUGCAGAUGAUGAUUCGUUGGAGACAUGUCAAACAGUCAGAUGUUUGUGUGUGCCAACGUAUUUUCAGGACGGUGAUAUUUUAUGUAAUAACGCUGUUUAUUUUGAGGAUGAUCAGGGUUUUUUUUUUUUGCUAUCUAUGCAUCAAAAAAGCAAACCAUCGUUCGUAAUAAGGACCCAAUUUUUUAAAUCAUUAGACAAGUAUAUAUCGUUAUGAAUAAAUAACACCACUCAUGUUUGACGGCAAUUUUGUGUGCAAAAUAUCUUCCACUUAUGCAAAGAUGGUAUUUCACUCUAACGCCAUACAGUUUGGCCAUGGUGAUUCGCUCCCCUAAUGCCAAUAAUUUUAGAGAUGUAAAAUUCCCCUUCGCGACGGCGAUAUUUGACACUGACGCUUUUUAUUUUCUUGGAGAUAUUCUACGUUUAUGCCAUUCAUUUGCGGGGGUGGCGGGGGGGGGGGGGC